GGAAAGACGAACAAUUUAAAGAAAAGAGGAGAGAGAAGAGAGAGCAUACGCGACUCAUGUGAAUGAGUGUUGAUGGGUCUGGUUCCGGCGUCUGGUUACGCAAAGCUUUUCUUUAUGUUUGUUUUGUUUUGUUGUUGUAUUUUUUGUAGUAAUUUAUUUUCGUAUUAAUAUAAUUGGGUUGAUGUUUUCCUCGAAAAAAAAACCUUUGUUUUCACUUUAACCAGCACUAUAAAAACAAUUUAGAAUGUCAAACAUACCAUCCUUCAGUUUCUAUCUAGCAAACUUUUUACACAUAAUUUUGCGUCUCAUUUUUAACCCUUUUCUUUCUACUACUAAUCUACUAUUUAUAUUGUCACACUGUUAACUUAACCUGGACUGGAGGAUUGGGAGGUGCUCUAAAAGGAAAACAAAAAUACUGCUAGGCUUGCAAAAUGCGCGCGCGCUCUCUCUCUCUCUCUCUCUCUCUCUCUCUACAUGAGCUAUAUAUAUGGCUUCUUCCCUCUCUCUCCCCAAAACUGUAACUGUCCCUUCUAGAAUCCAACGUUUGCUUACAAACCCAUUAGCACCAUUCGCGUUCACCCAACACCUCUCUUCUUCACCUCUGCCUCUAAACCCCCACCGCUACUCCUCCAACAAUAUCAACCUGCUUGACAGCCUCAAUCUCGAGUCAUUCUACACAUCUCUUUUAUCUAUUUCAACCAGCAAUAGACAGUUAAAUCAAAUCCAUGCUCAGCUAUUCCUCUCUGGACUACAAGCUAACGGCUUCAUAAUAACAAAAUUCAUUAACGUUUGUGGUGAUCUUGGGGAGAUUCGUUAUGCACGUCAGGUGUUCGACCAUUUUCCUGACCCGUUUGUGCAUCUGUGGAACGCCAUCAUUCGGGUUUACUCCAGGCACAACUUGUUCAGUGAAGCUUUUGAGAUGUAUCGGAGAAUGCAGGUUUGUGGGGUGAGACCAGAUUGCUUCACUCUCCCUCCCGUGCUCAAAGCUUGCAGUGGGUUCGUUGCGAUUGAAGCAGGUCGGGUGGUACACGGGCAGGUAUUCAGACACGGGUUUGGAUCUGACAUGUUUUUGCAAAAUGGGCUUGUGGACUUGUACGCAAAAUGUGGUCAAAUUGCGCGUGCAAGAGUUAUUUUUGAUGGGGUAUAUGAUAAGACAAUAGUUUCUUGGACAUCAAUCAUUUCUGGGUAUGCUCAGAAUGGGCAGCCUGUAGAAGCGUUGACAAUCUUUUCUGAUAUGAGGAAACUGGAUGUAAAAUUAGACUGGAUUGCUCUUGUAAGCAUCCUGAGGGCUUAUACCGACGUAGAGGAUUUGGAACAAGGGAAAUCAAUUCAUGGUUGUGUUAUUAAAAUGGGUCUUGAAUUCGAGCCAGACUUGUGCAUUGGACUUACGACCAUGUAUGCAAAAUGUGGGCAGGUAAUGGUUGCAAGGUCGUUAUUUGAUCAAAUGGAGGUACCCAAUGUGAUUCUGUGGAAUGCCAUGAUUUCGGGGUAUGCAAAGAACGGUUGCGCUGAAGAAGCUGUGGAGCUUUUCCAGGGGAUGAUGUCUAAAAACAUUAGACCAAAUUUGAUCACAGUCAUAUCUACAAUCUUAGCUUGCGCACAAGUGGGGUCACUUGAACAAGCCAGGUGGAUGGACAACUAUGUCAACAAUACCUCAUAUAGGGACGAUGUUUAUGUCAGCGCGGCCCUCAUCGACAUGUAUGCAAAAUGUGGAAAUGUAGAGUUGGCUCGAAAAGUAUUCAACCAAACUAGGGAUAGAGAUGUGGUUGUUUGGAGUGCUAUGAUUGUAGGAUACGGAUUGCAUGGUUGUGGCAAAGAAGCUAUUGAUCUUUUCCACAAAUUGAAGCAAGCUCAAGUCCAUCCCAAUGAUGUCACCUUCAUUGGGCUGCUAACUGCAUGUAACCAUUCGGGUCUUGUACAAGAAGGAUGGGAAUUUUUCCACAAAAUGAAAGAAUAUAGAAUUGAGCCACGUCACCAGCAUUAUGCUUGUGUGGUUGAUCUUCUUGGCCGUGCAGGCUACUUGGAUUGGGCGCAUGAUUUUAUCAUGAAAAUGCCAAUCGAACCAGGUGUCACUAUAUGGGGAGCCCUUUUGAGCGCGUGUAAAAUUUAUCGCCGUGUAAUUUUGGGAGAAUACGCUGCGGAAAAGCUUUUCUCAUUAGACCCGUUAAACACUGGACAUUAUGUGCAGCUUUCAAAUCUCUAUGCUUCAGCCCGUAGGUGGAAUGGUGUUGCAAAGGUGAGGGUUUUGAUGAGGGAGAGAGGAUUGAGUAAGGAUACGGGUUAUAGUAUGGUUGAGGUUAAUGGAAAGCUUCAAGCCUUCCGUAUGGGGGACAAAUCACAUCCAAGAGCAAAGGAGAUUAACGAGGAGCUUGAGACGUUAGAGAGGAGGAUAAAGGAGGCUGGAUUCGUACCGGAUACGGAAUCUGUGUUGCAUGACUUGAAUAAUGAAGACAAGGAGGAGAGUCUUUGUAAUCAUAGUGAAAGGUUAGCAAUUGUGUAUGGCCUAAUCAGUACCCCUCCUGGUACUACGCUUAGGAUAACGAAGAAUCUCAGGGCAUGUGUGAAUUGUCAUUCGGCAACAAAGGUGAUAACGAAGCUCGUCGGUAGGGAGAUAGUAGUAAGGGAUGCAAACCGUUUUCACCAUUUCAAGGAUGGAGUUUGUUCUUGUGGAGAUUAUUGGUGAGAAGAGUAUGUUGGAAUUCUGGGGAGCUUAUAAUUUUGCACCCACUAAAUAAAUCUGAGAGAAGAAUACAGAUAUGGUAUUAUUUUGGUUGUGGCCUCGUCACUGUGCAUAGACUUUCAAGCAGCAGACACUGACAUACGAUGUUGUAGCGGAGAUUGAGGCUCAGACUAGGUUGCUUUCUUGAGAUGAUAUGCGCUGUCUAUGAAAGAUUUCUGGUGUAAUAGACGAAAGGAAUGUAGGAUUAGGGAACAACAUGAUUCAGGGAUGCCAUGAUUUGAGGAUGCUGUCAGUCCUAGUGAUAACGGAAAUAUCGUGGUCUACUUUUCGUGCCAAUCACAAGUGCACGGCCGGGAUGAUUUAAUGGGGAUAAUUUCCAUAGGAGCAGCGCUACGAAUAUUGAUGUAAGCACACAUAUGUAAACAUAGAUGUGUCCAAAACCGUCCGAUGCACGUGGUCCCAAACAGUAGACGUGGAGUUCACACACAUCAAAUGCUUCCGGACACAUGUCCAUUCAGAUUUGUUCUCUAUUGGUAUGUCUCCAUUGCAUUAUUUUAAUUAAUUUCAUAUAUUUUCAUCGUUAAAAGUCAAUAGUUUAUGCAAGAUGAAUGUGUUCCUUCAAUUGAAGAUAGUUACAACUUAAGAAGGAUUGUGUUGGGAGUAUGGGUUAUUCUGAUGCGGAGGGAUGGAAAACAACUCACUCUUGGCUUUGUUUAUUUUAGUCAUACAAUGUGGGAAUUUGAUUCUAGACACUGAGAUUGAAGUUGUAGAUCUCAACUGCAAAUUUCUCCAUUUGCUGCCUUUCCUGA